GCAUCGCCCCCGGAGCCCCGGGGGGUCCUGCGGCCCGCGAAGGGAUUGAGGUCCGGCGGCCCCGCUGCAGAGGCGUGAUUUCCAGUCGGCGCCAUCAGGUCGAGCGGGCCCAGGCCUGUGUGGGCGGCGGCGAGGGCCGCUCCUCUGUGAGGCGCUGGCAGGGCGGUUCAAACCCCCUGAAUCCUCAGGAGAAUUCUUUUUAAAGGAGAAAUCAUGUGCUGUGCAGAUGCCUCAGAGAAUAUAACUUCCACGGGAGAGAGAGAGGGAUGGCAGAUUGCACCUUCAGAGAAGAAAAUGUCAUUUCAGCGUACUGAAGCAUAUUCAUGAGAUCUUCAUUACGCAAGAGGGAAAGAGAGAGAAAAGUACAGAUCAGGAGGAAGUAAGAGAUUUGAACUCUUGCAUUUUCAAGAUAGGAGAAACCUGACAUUGGGAAAUCCAAGAUGAGGCUUCUCUGUAGCUCACUUUUUCUAAUUGCAAUCUGUUGGCUAGCUGAAGGUACCUUGUCAAAGACAGAUGCAAAGAAGGGCACUUCAAAAAAACUAGAGGAAAAGACACUUCAUCCUGAUAAAAACGUACAGGACCGGGGACUGGUAGUUGUUGAUCCAAAGGCAAAGGACAUUAUACUGGAACACAAAAGUUACUGCUUCAAGAAAAUAAAGGAAAGGCACUUCUCAGGAGACAUUCUGGGUUAUAUUACUCCUUGGAACAGCCAUGGCUAUGACAUUGCUAAAAUAUUUGGAAAUAAAUUUACGCUGAUCUCACCAGUUUGGCUACAGGUGAAAAGGAGAGGAAAGGAAAGGUUCCAGUUCACUGGGCUCCAUGAUGCUGACCAAGGCUGGAUGAAAGAUGUCAGAAGAAACUCCCAAAAGAUCAAAAUAGUGCCCCGAAUUUUGUUUGAUGGCUGGACUUACCAAGACUUUGAGAGUGUUUUUGGCAGUGAAGAUGAGAUAGAAGAACUUUCCAAGAAUAUGGUUCUGCUAGCCAAGAAAGAAAAUUUUGAUGGUUUUGUAGUUGAAGUUUGGAGUCAGCUGGGAAAUCGAAAGCAAACGGAACUGGUUCAUUUGCUCACUCACCUUUCUGAAGCUCUGCAUGAAGCAGAGCUUAAACUCAUCCUGGUCAUCCCUCCUGCAGUAGCAGCAGGGACUAACCAGCCAGGAAUGUUCACAAAGAAAGAAUUUGAUCAGUUGGUGUCAGCGAUAGACAGCUUCAGUCUCAUGACAUAUGACUAUUCAACACCACAGCGACCUGGUCCGAAUGCCCCUCUUCCAUGGGUACGAGCCUGUGUUCAGGUGCUGGAUCCUGAUUCAAAAUGGAGGAAUAAAAUACUUCUGGGGCUGAAUUUCUAUGGCAUGGACUAUUCUGCUUUGGGAGCCUCUGGGGAGCCAAUUCUUGGUAGCAGGUAUAUUGAAACCUUGAAGGAGCACAAACCAAAAAUUAUCUGGGAUGAGCAAAUUGCUGAACACUACCUUGAAUAUAAAAAAAAUAAAGGAGGAAAACAUGCUGUCUUCUAUCCAACACUGAAGUCCAUCCAAUUGCGUUUAGAGCUUGCAAAAGAAUUGGGCACUGGAAUAUCCAUCUGGGAGCUGGGACAAGGCCUGGAUUAUUUUUAUGACCUGCUUUAAAAUAGGAGAUGAUCUGCAAAAGACUUUAUUUGCUUCAUUGAGACUCCACCUUCAAUUAAUUUGGGUAUUCUGAAGAGCUGAUUUUUAAAAAUAACUUUUGUAAUUUAUAUCAUGUGUAUUAAACUUCAAUUUUUCCCAAUAAAGAACCUUUUCUGAUUUAUUAUAUAAA